AUGAGACGUGCCAAUGAGGCAAUAUUAAGGGAGAACUAUCCUCUUCCAACAUUCGACACAUUUAUGACUAAACUUCAAGGAGCCAAAUGGUUUUCGAGAUUAGACCUUAAAAAUGCUUACCAUCAGCUUGAACUGGAUGAAGGCAGUCGCGAGAUAACCACUUUCAUAACUUCUAAGGGUCUAUAUCGUUACAAGAGACUGUUGUUAGGAGUAAAUUCGGCUCCAGAAAUAUUUCAAAAAACUAUGGAGAACAUUCUGGCUCCGUGUACCGGCGUUGUAAAUUAUUUGGAUGACGUCAUUGUGUUUGGAAGCACCGAAGACGAACAUGACAAACGCCUGAAAGAGGUUCUGAAAGUUUUUGGAGAUGCAAAUGUUUUGCUAAAUGACGAAAAGUGUGUUUGGAAAACAGGCCAACUGCUAUUUUUAGGACAUAUCCUGUCUGUUGAGGGAAUAAGUACUGAUCCCGAUAAGAUUGACACGGUACUGAAAUUUAUACCGGAUUUAGCAGAUUUUACAGAACCACUCAGGAAGUUGACCAAGAAAGAUGUGAAGUUUAUCUGGGAAUCAGAUCAAUACAAAGCUUUUCAAAAUCUGAAAAAGCAACUAAGCAAAAUGCCUACAUUAUCGUAUUUCAAUCCGAAAAGUCGUACCCGUUUAAUUGCUGACGCAAGUCCAGUAGCAUUGGGAGCAGUUUUACUGCAGUUUAUCGAUAAUGUCCCUGUGGUGAUAUCCUUUGCGAGCAAAAGUCUUUCAGAGACUGAACGACGAUAUUCACAAACGGAAAAAGAAAGUCUCGCUUUAGUUUGGGGCGUAGCGCGGUUUUACUAUUAUUUGGCCGGUAUUGAAUUUGAGUUGGUCACGGAUCACAAGCCGUUGGAAGCUAUUUUUAAACCCACCUCAAAACCACCUGCUCGUAUAGAAAGAUGGGUGCUUCGUCUCCAAUCAUUCAAAUUUAAAAUCAUUUACCAGGCUGGAAAAUACAACAUCGCCGAUUCAUUGUCUAGGUUGUGCAAGAUUGAAAAUAGCUUGUCCUUUGACCAACAAUCGGAAAGCAGCAUAUGUUCGAUCAUUGAGGAAACCAUCCCGAAAGAACUUUCAAUUCUGGAAAUCGUGGAAAACAACCGGGCUGACCCAGAACUGAUGGAGGCGGUUGAAAAUAUUAAAAACAAUUCAUGGAGCUCAACAACGACAAACAAGUUUUUUCCAUUCCGGCAUGAAUUAUGUACAUUAGGUAAUAUCUUGCUACGUGGAACAAAAAUAGUUAUUCCUCUCCCGUUAAGAGCAAGAGUCUUAACGUUAGCUCAUGAGGGCCAUCCAGGUGAAACGGUGAUGAAGCGACGGUUACGCUCAAAAGUAUGGUGGCCUUUAAUCGACCGAGAUGUUGGAAAAUAUGUGAAGAAUUGUCGCCAUUGUUUACUAGUUUCUCAACCGCAAUACCCAGCACCAAUGAUUCGACGCGUUUUUCCAGAAGGUCCAUGGCUUUGUCUCGCAAUGGAUUUGUUGGGACCUUUGCCCAAUCACGAUUUCAUAUUGGUGGUCAUUGACUAUUAUUCCAGAUACCAGGAAGUAAAGUUCCUGAAGAAAAUUACGUCGAGUGCUAUAAUUGAUUUAUUGGAGGAAAUAUUUUCAAGAUUGGGUUAUCCAAAAUCAAUUACCACAGAUAAUGGCCGGCAGUUUGUUAGUGAUGAAUUUAAAGGAUAUUGCGCAGACAGAAACAUUGAAAUUAUUACGUCACCUCCUUACUGGCCUCAAGCGAAUGGGGAGGUCGAGAAUAUGAAUCGCUCGAUUGUGAAGCGAUUGCGAAUAGCUCAUAGCAACGGGUCCGAUUACAAGAAGGAGAUCCAAAAGUUCAUGUUAAUGUAUAAUGUAACACCUCAUGGAACAACUGGGAAAGCUCCAACGGAACUGCUAUUCAAUCGAAUGAUUCGAGACAGAAUACCUUCGAUCCUUGAUGUCGGAGAAAAUAUAUUGGAUGCGGAAGCUAGGGAUAUGGAUGCUGUCAAUAAAGAAAAAGGAAGGCAAAGGGCAGACAAGGAUCGGAGAGCAAAAGACAGCGAUAUAAAAGUGGGAGACAGGGUACUACUGCAAAACGUAAUUUUCCCAAAUAAAUUGGCACCUACAUUUGGUGUAGAGGAAUUUGAAGUGGUGAACCGAGAGGGAAAUGAUGUCACUGUCCGUGGAGAUGAUAUAAAUAAAGUUUACAGGCGAAACAUAAGUCAUUUAAAGAAAUUGCCGACAACGUUACAAGCUAAUGAUGAAGAUUCUGCCCAAAUCGAGUCUGCUGCUGAACCGCUUGUCCCUAAUCCGAG